AGGAGAGAGCAACAGCGUAAGCGACUAGCGCGCGCUGUGGUGUGUGUCGGUCGGUCGGUCGGUCGUCGCCGCCAUGCUAGUGGUUAGUUUAGUGAACCAAACAUCAUGAUGUGGCAAAACGUUCGCACGAGUUAAGACUGAAGUAACGCCGCGUUACCGGCGCGCCGUCGUUAUGUUAUCCAUAAUAACUCACGACGUUCGAUAAGCGUAAAACACGUAACGUGAAAAAGUACAAAAAAAAAAUAUAGCUUUGGUAAAAAGCUCUCGACGACGGCAACUGCGGCGACGAAAAACGUCGGAGUGCUCGCGAUUCCUGCGUGCGGAACCGCACAAUACUACGUCAAUCCCGAUGUAAAUUAAAAUCCUAAAUCGUAUAUUCGAACAAAAGUUACGGAAUAAUCAUCGUCACGGUAUUACGCUAGGAGUGACGAGUGCCAACGAUCAGCCUCCAUCGCGCGGCAAGGAGACGAUCACGAAUCGUAUACACGUUGAUGUGUCAGAUAAGAGGCUAACCUUCUGAGGACGAGUUCGUGCUUAAAGACAAUACGAUGAAAUAACACGAUUGAACCAAAUGUGGCGUGUUAUGAAACAGUUUUACAGCGUACAAACGAGAGAAAAAAAAAAGGAAAAUAGUAGAAAGAGAGGAAUCAAGUAAAAGAAUUACGGUUCCAAUUUGUAUAUUGUACUAAGGAAUUCGGUCUUUCUUUUGUUCCCUUGUUUUAUAUUUGAUUAAGAAGAGAAAAAAAACAAAACGAUAUGUUUUCAUCGUACAUACAUACAUACAUCUUUGAUCGAAGAAAAGAUAUUCCCAAGUUCAUUCAUGAAAUAAAUCGCAUCGCAUUGAACGAUUCUAAAACCUUGUAUAGAAUAUAUCGCAAACAAGAAUACAUAUAUAUGUACCAAUAACGAAAUAAAUAUGUAUAAAAUAUUUGAUAUUGUUUGAAUAAUAAAAUACGUAGUAUGCUUCAACAGCCAACAAUUUUCUUAGAUAAAUUCAAAGACAUAUUUUAUAAAAACUGCGGGUUGUAUCACGUAACGACAAAGGAGAGAGUGCAACAGAGAGAAAAAGACGAAAAGAAAACAACAUGAGUUCAAACGUUGAACCGUGUGUUAUUAGAAAUAGAUGCUGGAUCCAAGCGUUCUAACGGAUUUAGAGGAACUGACGCUUUGCAGCUAUUGCAAGCAGAAGUAUAACGACGCGGAGCAAUGCCCGAAAUAUCUUAGUUGCAAGCAUUACUUUUGCUUGCGUUGCAUAGAGAACAAUUUAUUAAAGGGACGUGAGUUGUUUUGCGCGCAUUGCUGGAAGAGGACGGACCUGGGUGAUCAAGGACCGGACGCUCUACCGACGCACUCUUCUCUCCUUGCUCUAACGAAUAAUUUGUCUCACUUAAAAAUCACCACGAACAACACAUCUGGAAAGACAAAUGAUAAGGAAAGAAAGAGUGAGAAUUGUCACACGCACGGAAUGCCCCUGGCAUUGUGGUGUGCGACAUGUUGCACAGCACUUUGCAGAGCAUGCGCCACUCCACAAGAACACCCAGGUCACCAGAUUAAAUCGCAAACUGAUGCCAAAGAACAACUCAUAUCCGAUGUUCAAUUGGAAUUAGUUGCUAUGGGAAAGUUAUCGACCGAGAUUCAAAGACUGGCUAUGCAGCAACGAGAAUUCUUAAUAAAGGUGUUAGAAGCUUGUGUAACGUUAAAAACGCAUGUUGAGACCGAUCUUCAGAAUGGCUGGAGUCAUUUUCCUGAGAUAACGGACGCGCGGGAAACGCUUGGGAAAGCGAAAGCUAGUCUUCAGAUGAUCGACAGUCCUAACGAUGUAUACAAUUUGCAUUCACAACUCAUACUCGAGAAACAAAGAUUGCAAUCAAAGUACCAAGAAAUGAUGUUGCAGUGUCAACUCGACGAUUUGAUUGGUAACUCGGGAGUGGUAUUUGAUUUUGCGCUAUUAAAACAAGCGUUGGCUGGAAUUCACACGGGAGAAUCGAUCGUUUCUCAAGGAACUAGUAAUGGCGGUAGAUUACCGAAUCAUUUGGCGGCUUCACAAAAUCCGAUACUGUUCCUCGCAAAUUAUUGCAUGUCGCAGCUAUAUUCGAGACAUGUAGUUAGUAAGCAACACAUGCAAAACGGUUCUAUAGAGUAUCAUUCAAACAUGAUGCAACCGCAACCAGCACCACCGGGCUCCGUUCACGUACACCAAGGUCCACCGCCGCCGGCAACCCCGCAGCAACUUCUCAUUCCACCUGGUUCGCCGUCCGUUAAACCCGUUCCGCCCGCACCUCCAAAUGCGAUGUUACAUCCACAGCAACAAUCGACAUUUAUACCGGAAGGAGUCGGUACUGGUGGCGGAAGUUUGGUAACCGUCCACUCAUCCUCUCAACCGCCGUCCAGCGGAAUAGCAGCAUCCCUUCGAGGACCUUCGAACCCUUAUCCUCUGUAUUACUUCAACAUCGAAGUGAACGGAUCUCCGCAUGGCCGUAUCGUGAUAGAAGUGAGGCCGGAUGCAGCUCCAAAAAUGGCCAAAAAUUUUAGUGUUCUGGCGACCGGUGAAGUCGGAGUUGGUUAUAAGGGUUGCACGAUCUUUCAGUGCUGGGAAGGCGAAUCCGUGAUUACUGGUGAUUUUGAGUUAAACAAUGGUCGCGGGGGAAGGAGCAUAUUCGAGGAUGGUUACUUUAUGCCGGACGACACGAAAUUCCCUGCAGUGAGAGGAGCAGUGGGAAUGCGGCGAACGCAAAAACGACAUGAUAACCUUGGUAUGGUCGGUUCACAGUUUCGUAUAAUACUACAAGAGAUGCGCGGAUUCACAGGAAUCUUUGGCCACGUCGUCGAAGGACUAGAAUUAGUCGAGAAGAUAUCUACGUUUGGUGAUCAAACGGGCAAGCCUACGAAGAAUAUUCUAAUCACGAAAUGCGGUAAAUUGUAACGACAACAUUAUUGCGGUUAGUAUACACCGAAGGGUAAUCAAGUUCUACCCGUAUACUUUACAUUAUCCCGUUCUAGAUAACUGAAGAAAAAAAAGGAAGAAGUUUUACGAGUUCGCGACGGUAUCUCUGACGCGUUCGAUAUAGGGAAUGGGGUGUUUAAUUAAACAAAUAAAACAAAAAAAAAAAAAAAUCACGUAUAUAUAAUAUCCAACGAUAAAUGAUAUUACAUGUUGAGAGACACCGUCGCGACCAUAUAUGUAGCUCCAUGAAUCGCGAUGCUCCAUAUGAGUCACACAAUUUAAUUAACUAUUAACAAUAGAAUUCUAAAGAUAUUGAAUCUAUUUUUAAACGUGGACGCAUAAGAGAAGAAAGAAGAAAUAAAGAUCCAUAUUUUGCUAUUGAUUGGGAAUCAAUAUGAUUCUGUAUCUACAAUAACGACGAUGAUCGAUAAUACGUACCUCAAGAUCGAUCGUGAUAUCGAUACGACUUCUAGCUGUACGACAUUUGUUUUAGAAGAAGUUCAACGUUUAUUUUGGCUAUUGGCAUAUUGCUAUGUAUAGUUGAUAUAGAGGGUAUCGUACGGGAUUUAACAAGUGCCGUGGUUAACGGUGUCGCCCUGUGGGCGUUGCUAAUGUUUUAGAUCAUAGGUAGUAAAAACAAAAAGAAGAAAAAAAAAAUAUCGUGUAGAUGAGGAAUAUUUACGGAAAAUGGGUCAAACUUGUAUGUGUAUACACAUAUGUUCAUAUAUUUGUAAGAAAAAAAACAAGCAAACAAACAAACAAACAAACAAGAAAAGAAACAAACAAACGUACAGACGGAAACUCUCUUUUUUUGUUUUAUAAUCGAAAUACGUGACUUCGUAAAAAGUCAAAAGGUCGUAAUUUCAUACACGCAGGUCGUUUAGAACAUUGACGAUUAGAACGAUACGUCGGUGCGUCAAAGGGCCAAUUUUAUUUCGUCCGGUUAACGAUCACGUAUCGUUCCGUUUCUUUUUUCAGAGGAGAGAAAAAGGAGCUGAAAGGGAACAAGUAAUUGCGCGAUGAAACGAGUCGAGGAAAAUUGCGGUUCCUAUCGGACGACUCAAGGAUAUACUACUCCCUUUUUGCUCUUUGCUGUGGUCUAGUUGACCGUCAUAAAUUAACUGUAUUUAAGAUUAGAUCUCAAGAUGAAAAUGUAUGCAAGGCCUAACUACUACUAUGUAGAUUGUAAGCCUCGUCGUCUGAUCAGAAAAAUACGAACGAAAUGAGCGAAUAUAUAUUAUAAACGAAUCAUUCCUCGAUGCUGUAUAUCGAAGUACUACGAUAAUGUAAUGCGUUAUACUACUCGUCUGAAUCCUCGUAAAAGAAUCCCAUCGUUAUGUAUCAUAUUACCAUGUACCCGUGUGCGAAGAAACGCGUUGUAAAAGAGUGUUCUGUAAAUCGGCGCGUAGAAACAAAAAGCGCACUCACGUAUUGUAGGAAAUUGCACGCCCUCGACGUCGCGGAUGCCUUUUUCGAAGAAAGCCUCAUUCGAUGUUGAACUUGAAAGUUUUAACACUUGUUAAUUAGCUAACUCGUUGCGUUUUGCAAGGAAGAAAGAAAAGAAAGCGGAGACUCGUUGCAUCGCGAUGAAUGUAAGAAUCGCCGUUAGAAUUAAAUAUCACUGCGUAAAUACGUACGACGAUCGAAGGGUGGUCGAGCUCGAAUGAAUUUCUCUCGUUUCGGUCGUUGUAAGAAAAUAAAAAAAAAAAAAAUACCCGGGAAACUCAGUCGACACUUUUGAAUCUAGAUGCAUAUAAAUUCAUGUGUUUACCGAAGCGAGUGAAGCUAGAAGCCCACCUGUAUACACAAAAUAUCCACGCGCGCGCGUAUAUAUAUAUAAAUAUAUAUAUAUACUACAUAUAUUUUUAUGAACGUGAUGAGGUAACAACGCAUAGCUUGUAAUAUCGAUUCUAACAACCGACGAUUUACCUUGCCCCUCGCGUUCGAAUUAAACGGUUGAGCGGCUAUAAUUUUGCGAUAAGUUUUUCUCUCAUUUUUUCUUUCCAUCUAUUAUUUUUUUUUUCUUUCUCUCUCCCGUGUCCUUUUCUUUUUCUAUUCCUCACUCAUCCCUUUUUAAGUUAAGGCGUAAUCAUCUUACAUACGAAAAUUGAGGUCAUUUUGUUUACAGCCUACGGAAGCGCAUAUCCGUAGUGCACUUGCUUAAACAGUUCUGUUAUUUCAUUAUACAUGUACGAAAUGAAGUUCGUUGCCCAAUUUAAAUGUACUUUUAAUCAAUCAAUUUUGAGUUAUAAACUGUUUCUCUUUCA